AUGUCCCCCAGGCAAGCAAAGCAAGAAAAGAACAACUACCCUGAAUAUAUCCAUCACGAAAUACUUGAUAAUAUGUUCAUUAAUCUUACAUUAGAAAAAAUUGGUGAGUUCCGUCGUGUCAGCAAAGCUUGGGAGCAAAUGACGAAAAGACAAGAAUUUGUUCUUAAAAAACGUGAGAUGAGCUACCCUGCAACUGAAAACAACAUCCUUGUUUUCACUCAAACAAGCCAAGAAGGUCACCUGCUGCAAGACAAACUAAUCGCCACCAACAUAAAAGUGCAACUAGAUAACCCAUGCAACCACAUACGAUUGCAAGAAGAGAUAUCGAUGGGUGACGACGGCAUCCAUAAAAUCAUGCCUGUCACCACAGAUUUGGUCUGUCUGCAAACCAGGUCUCAAAUCAAAUUCUUGAACCCACAGACAACACAAAUUGCAUCAAUUGAAUGGCCAUAUGAUGUCCCUCUCAGCAAUUGUGAAACAGCAUUUGGGUACUAUCAUCCUCAAAAACUUAUGUUUUCAUGGCCCUUAUUGCCGAUGGAAAAAACAUGCAAGGCUGCAUUUUUUCUUUUCAAAGUUGUUCAAGUAUUCAUAGAGGGGAAUGGAAAACACUUUGCAAUGUAUGUCCUCGCCUUGUAUCUGAUGGAACCUGGUUUGAUAGAUUCGUGUACUGGCGUGUAG